UGGACAGAGUGACAGUCCCUGUACAAGGAGCUCACACCUACGCACCAAAAUACACCAAAUUCACACCAAAUAACCCAUCUGAUGACAUCUGCGUUGAGCACAGGAACUCCUUGCAGGCAUCAGAACACCAUGAUGUAUUAUAUCUGUAAAAUUGCCAUCAUCUAUUCACUGGUGAUCAUUUCAGAAGCAAUGGCGACCUGCAUCUGUGACAGUAAGAGUUUCUGUGAUUGCUCCUCAAGGAACCUAACAUCUGUGCCAUCAGGAUUGCCAAGAGAAAUAAAGGGUCUAGAUUUAUCAAACAACAAAAUCCAGAUCUUGAGUGAGACUGAUCUAGAACCCUAUGAAUAUCUGGAAAUACUUUGUCUGGAACAUAAUGAAAUCCACACUAUAAGCGAUUACGCUUUUCACUCACUAGGAAACCUAAAAGAUUUGGAUUUAUCAUAUAAUAAGUUGACAAACUUGUCAUCUGCCUGGUAUAGCAACCUUCACAUGUUAACACAUUUAAAUAUCAUGGGCAACCUCUACUCAACUCUCGGUUACUCUCCUCUGUUCACCAGUCUUACCUCUCUGACAUCUUUAAAAGUUGGAAACCCGGAUUUAAUUUCUAUUGAAAAGAAAAAUUUUCAUGGCCUAGAGAGCUUGAAGGAAUUUCACUUAAAUAUUCCCAACCUGAAAGUGUAUGAAAAUAGAAGCAUGGAAGGAGUAAAGGAUAUUGGGCACAUUAUUUUGAAUGUCAACAAAACAUUUUUAUAUGUUUUAAUGAGUGAUCUUGUAUUUUCAGUGACGGUUUUAGAAAUAAAAAACAUGUCGCUUCUCGUUCCCGAUGAUGUAAGUGCCUUUGGCCUUUUCAAUAAAACUCGGGUUAGAAGAUUAAUAUUUAAAAACUGUGUUAUUACUGAUAAAAGCAGUGCAAGGUUAUUUGAACUCAUUCAGCAUUAUCAAGAUAUUACCGAUUUCGUUCUAGAGGACAGUGAGUUACUUGGAACAGGUCAUGGUGAUCCACUUCUUCACAAUGAUAAUAGCUCCAUCACAACAGUCAUUAUUCAAAAUUUGAAUAUACCAAAUUUUUAUCUGUUUUCCGACCUGCGCUUUUUCUACAAAGUUGUAAAACAUCUUAAAAGUAUUACAUGCACCGGAACAAAAGUUUUCCUGAUUCCUUGUAAUUUUUCCCGAUCCUUUUUGUCAAUGGAAUACUUGGAUGUUAGUGGUAAUUUGCUGACAGAUAUCUUCUUAGCAAGUUCGUCCUGUUUUCUUGAAAGAGGUGGUGCUUGGCCCAUGUUGAGAACCUUAAAUGUGAGUAAAAAUCUACUCUCACAUCUACCUUUUGUUGCACAAAUGCUCUCUGGCCAGCAGUACCUAACUAACCUUGAUCUAAGUCAAAAUAAGUUUGGGGAUUCGACACAGUCCGCGUGUAAAUGGUCUGCUGGACUCAUGUCUUUGAACUUAUCAAACUGCCAGAUAAAACAUAUCAGUGACUGCCUUCCCGCCACUUUGGAAAUGUUGGAUCUAAGUUAUAAUUAUCUCACGACAUUUGUGACUGAAUUACCAUUUUUAAAAGAACUUCAUCUAACUAACAACAGGUUAGCCAAAUUACCGGUUAACGCACGCUUGCCAAGAUUAAUGAUGUUAUUCAUCAGGACAAACAAAUUGAGCCAUUUCUACGAGUCAGAUUUAAAUAAUUUCCCUCAAUUGACAACGUUAGACGCUAGGGACAACAAUUACGACUGUUCCUGUGAAUUCUUAGAUUACGUCCAGUUCCAUUCGGCCUUGCUUUUGGGAUGGCCGGCCAAUUACAUUUGCGACUCACCUACUUCAGUCAGAAACAAAAGAAUACAAGAUGCAAAGCUUCCCAUUCUGAAGUGUCAUAAAGUAUUGUUUGUGACAUUGUCUUGUAUUAUCCUGAUUCUUCUCAUAGCUGUUGUGGUGGCACUUUGUUAUUUCUUUCACUUAAUAUGGUAUGUGAAGAUGACUUGGGCCUGGUUGCAGGCUAAGAGGAAGCCUUUGAAGACAACCGAGAGAGAAAUUUGCUACAAUGCUUUUAUUUCCUACAGUGAAAUGGAUUCUGAAUGGGUUGAGAACAUGAUGGUAGAAGAGUUAGAAAAUACCACCCCACCCCUGAGACUGUGCCUCCACAAGCGUGACUUUACACCCGGCAAGUGGAUCAUUGAUAAUAUUAUUGAUGCAAUGGAGAAAAGUUACAAAACCUUAUUCAUCUUGUCAGAACACUUUGUCCAGAGUGAAUGGUGCAAGUAUGAGCUGGAGUUUUCUCAUUUUCGACUUUUUGAUGAAAACAGUGACACGGCGAUUUUAAUUAUUUUGGAACCCAUGGAAAAAGAAAGUAUCCCAAAAAGGUUCUAUAAGUUAAGGAAACUCAUGAACACAAAGACCUAUAUGGAGUGGCCUACAGAUGAAGAACAACAACGAUAUUUCUGGCAAAACCUGAAAACGGCUUUGCAAAUAGAGACAUAUGAGGAUGCAUGAAUAAGGGAAAUAUGGCACUUUAUGGCAUGGUGUCACCUGACACAUUAUUCUACAUUGUGUAUAGAUAUGGGAGAAGCUCUGUGUGUGUAUAUAUUAUACUGGCUAUAUAUGUUAGGGUUGUGAAGUGGCCAGUAUUUGACCGGUUUGAUUUUGUUUUUAAAGCUCUAGCUGGUUGGA